AUGGCGGCCCCUCUUGAGGGUCAGCCCUUGAGCGAAGAGCAAAACUUAGUUGGCGAACCGCACCCAGACGACAACCGGACUUCACUCGCCGACGGGGGAUCUGAUCCAAACCACUCCCAUAACGACAACACAAACCCCAAACAGGGCGAUCAGGGCGGCGAGGAAUACAACGCGCUCACCGAGAAUGCUUACACUCUGGAGCUCGCGUCAAACAGGAGAGAUGGGCCGGAGACUGGCCAAUUAGCCACCACUGCGCCUGUCAUGCGGGAAGUCAUAUCCAUCGACCACCACAGACGCCAGAGCGAGCCAAGUUUCUGUGGUAAAUGCAAGCAAGAGCUACCCGGCCAGUACGUGAGGGCGUUAGGACAGAAGUGGCAUCUCGAGUGCUUCACUUGCGAGGAUUGUGGUAAGAUCGUCGCAUCCAAGUUCUUUCCCGUGCCCGAUCAACCCCCUGGCCAGUACCCUCUGUGCGAGACAGAUUAUUUUGGGCGGCUCAAUCUUCUCUGUUAUAAAUGCGGACAUGCUCUACGGGGAUCUUACAUUACUGCCUUAGAUCGCAAGUACCACAUCGAACAUUUCACCUGCUCCGUCUGUCCGACGGUUUUUGGCGCCCAGGACAGCUACUAUGAACAUGAUGGGGAUGUCUUCUGCCACUACCACUACUCCACUAAAUUCGCACAGCUAUGCAACGGAUGCCAUUACGCGAUCCUGAAGCAGUUUGUAGAGAUCUUCCGGAAUGGAGAAAACCAGCACUGGCAUCCCGAAUGCUACAUGAUUCACAAAUACUGGAACGUCCGCCUUCGCAAAGACGGGGUGCCAGCAAUCACACAAGGCGCAAACAACGAAGACGCCACUGAAGCCAUGCGCAGAGCAGUUCGGUCCGAAGAGGAGCAGAUGGAGCAGAGGGUGGUUUGGAUCUGGCGGACACUAUCAACAUUUGAAGAAAAGUCUGCCACGUGCAUCUCAGAUAUGCUCUUGCAUGUCAGCAAUGGCGAGUACUUCAAGGGCAUCGUGUCUGCAAGGACCUUCAUCGUGUUUGUCGAGACACUCUUCAUCUCCGCUGACAAGCUGGACCAACUGCUACUCGCCGCCUUAUCCAAGAAAUCCCUUUCAGUUUCGCGAGAGGCGAAGCUCCUGUGCAAGAAAGUCGUUUCGUUCUUUCAUCUACUCGCGCGUUCGUGCGACACAGGUGUGCGCCGCCUUGGAGUCACCCAAGAAUUGUUGUCGCUUGUCACCGGCUUAGCGCACUACCUGAAACUCAUCAUCCGGAUUUGCCUUCAGGGGUCGCUACGCCUAGAAAAGGAGAAAGACAUUGACGAAGGCCUGAACUUCCUUCUUACGAACAUCAACGGUCUUGACGACCGACUAGCUCAUGAAAGCAGCGUGGAUCAGGCCGCCGAAGCUGCGGUCUACUGCCGAAAGAAGGCCGACACUUGCCCCGUGUGCAACGAGCCAGUCGAGGACAAAUGUUUCAAGCAGGCAGACCGAAUAAUCCACAUGCAAUGCUUGCGGUGCCACAAUUGUGGCGUAGAUCUAUCGGAUAAGCUACCGCAUGCUCGAUGGGCUCCCGGUACAAGAAUCAUUCUUUGCAGCAACUGUGCCGCUCACAGACUGGUAGAUAGUCAAGGUGGAUUUUCGGAAGUCACGAGGCUAGCACAAUAUGUGCACCUGCUGAAGUGCGCGCACGCUCGUCUCCUAGCGACUUUGCGCAGUAGCGGUGCCUUGCCACACACCUCAGAAGAUCCCAACCUGGCCGAGUAUGAUUCUAACCAAGGGCAUCGUGUAGCUCCCUCCGAGCUCGAGCCGCCAAUGCUUCGUGCAGAUUCACGUUCAAAGUCCUACGGAGAUCGAACCGAUUAUGAGGCCGAGAACGGCUCAUCUCUGGAGGGCAUCAAGCGUAUGCGCUCUUCGAAGAUGGAGAAGCACCUCUCCAUGACGGGACGUCAUGCAAGAACCUCAAGAGUCGUUGACGGUCCCACCGGAUCAACUGUGCAUCCUGGGUCUCCGGGUGAGGCGUCAGAAGCUAAGUUCAAUGGCAUGCACAUCGUGCAAGAACGAGACCUCAGUGGUGAUGCAUUGAGACAACUCACAAUCGGCGGUAAUUCACUUGCCUUGGACGACAUCCCCAGGUUCGCCGCCGCAGAACAAGCGCGAGAUCAACGACCGAAUGCGGCCAAGUACGCCAGAGACCAUCUUGUUGGCUCCGAGCCCAAGCCGAAGCUUGUCAACGGUCAUCGGCGCGACAUCUCCGGAGGUCAGGAGAUUGAGAAGGCUGCCCUGACCGACGCCUCGUUGUUCCGUCCGAAGAGAUACUUCUCGGAGUUGUCUGGCCUAGAGCAUUUCAUUGUCAGAACAGUAGCAGUUAUCUUGCUGGAGCCCCUGCUAGGUGGCCUGUUCAACCAGGAAGAACUCCUCGCGAUGAUUAGCGAAAAGCGACCUGGAAACUUCUGGGGAAGGUUCGGCAAAGCAUUCAUCAAGAACGACAAAGGAAAAGCUAGCGGCAAGCGCAAGGGCGUGUUUGGGAAGGGUCUGGAUCAAGUCACCGAGAGAGACGGUGCAGAGUCCACUGACGGCAUCGGUCCUGGCACCCUCAAAGUACCUGCAUUGGUACAGGACGCGGUUUCCGCCAUGCGCUCGAUGGACAUGUCGGUAGAGGGAGUCUUCAGGAAGAAUGGUAACAUUAAACGGCUAAGAGAGCUUGCUGAGGAGAUCGAUGUUCAAGGUGGCGAUGCUGUGGAUCUCACAAAGGAAAACCCUGUCCAAGUCGCUGCUCUGCUCAAGAAGUUCCUGCGCGACCUGCCGGAUCCCGUUCUGACAUUCAAGUUGCAUCCUCUCUUCAUUGCGGCUGCCAGAAUGGAUGAGAACAAGCGCAAGCGCGUGCUUCACCUAACCUGCUGCUUGCUCCCGAAAGCAAAUCGUGACACGAUGGAAGUUUUGUUCUCCUUCCUCAACUGGGUCUCAUCCUUCUGCGCUGUUGACGAGGAGACCGGCAGCAAGAUGGACAUUCACAACUUGGCUACAGUCAUUGCGCCGAACGUUCUGUACUCGAACAGCAAGAACCCCGAACUGGAUCACAGCUUCCUGGCUAUCGAAGCAGUGCAUUGUCUCAUCGAGAACAACGAGACGAUGUCGGAAGUUCCGGAAGAUCUACAGACCAUCCUCAACGACACCGCUCUUCAUGCCAACAGCGGCGAAGUCACCACCAAAGAGAUCCUCAAGCGAUACGGCAACCUGUGCAAAGCGCCACAGACCACAGCAUCCGCGGCCGAGGUCCAAAAACCGCGAUCGCGUGAGGGCCGCCCGUCAGCACCGGUCGUUCAGCGCGUCGAUACGGAUCCCCAUGCUUGGCAGAACGAGAGUUCCGUCCGUCACAUCGGAGGACCUCCGGCAUCUUUUGGACCCAGCAGCACUCAUAACACCCCGCCCCAGAAUCCAACCGACUUCACUCCCCCCACAUCCUACAGCUAUCCUCCAGGAAACCAUGAAGUCUACGGGGCUCCCAAUGGCAGCCCGAACCGCCAGGCACGGCUGAGAGACAGUGCGUACACGAAGCAAGGUGCGCUCGGAAUCACAGGCACUGGCUGA